CACAGCCUGUAAACCAUAGGAAACUGUGAUUACACCAGACCAUGAUGAGCAGCUCUGACCGUCACACAGGUCACCUCCCCCGUUCCUGCCACUGGGCACACUGCUCUUUGGAAUGUUUAUCUUCUAGUGUUAGGACUUGUAUUUCUGUAGCAUGCAUUUUGUCUAACAAUUAUCCCAACAGCUCUGCUUCAAAUACCUAAAAAGAGCAGCAGACAUCAAACACUUUCCCUCCAUUCCUCUCUCUCUCGCUAUCUAUAUUUUAGCAGGCCAUAAAAUGAUAAUGCACGUGUCCAUCAUGGCAGGAGGGACAGGAUAAGCAGGAAGAGAAGCACUUUAGCCAGUGUAGCAGAGCCAGCUUCAGGAAGAACAGGUAAUGGUACUGAUGGGGGAGAAAGAAAAUACAUGUAGCCCAUCACUAUGCUUUGUCUCUUGGGCCAGUGGCAAACAGGUUCCUGCACAGCAUCUCAGAGCACACUGGAUGCUGAAAGCUUACUUGGGCUCAGAAAGUGUGCACACUGAGUGUUAUAUGUAAAGAUACUGUAUUAGUUCAGGAGUUACAUCUUCCCGGAAAUUGUAACAUCAUUAUUUGCUUUAGUUCUUCAAAUACUAUACAUUAUGCAUCUGUUAGUAACUUUCUGAGAUGACACCAUGGUAAACUGAUGUUAAGUAAGUCUGUUUUCAUUAUGAUAAAAAAAAACUAAAACUUGAACUAGUAAGGUCCAUAAAGAGAAAAGACUUAAUUGUGGGUAUGUGAAAAACAUGGGGACAGAGAGAGAAUUUGAAAUGGGGAAAAUAACAAAACAUAAAAACAUAAAGGGAAUGAGGUCAGAAAUAAAAGACAAAUGAAGGAAGAAUGCAUUUUAGAGUUGAUUUUAUUCCCUGCCAGAACACUGCUCUCCCACUUCAUUUUGAGUCAUCAUUCAUAUCAUCUGCUUUGCAGCCAGCGUACAGCAUAAUGAGAGCAGGAAGAAACAAAAUUUGUCACAGUCAGACUAGAAGGCUGAUAGCAAAAUGACAGCAAACUGUUCCUGAGGUGGAAGAAGGGAGAUAGCUAUUCAGGGGGCUGAAGCUGACAGAAGAGCAUGAGAGUAUGGAGGAGGAGGAGGAACUGCUGAGGGAGGGAAAAAAGAUUAUAAGGUAGAGGAUCCUGUGAUUCCUUUUUUCCACCUGGUUCUUCUGCACAGUCACAGGGAGGUGCAGAGUAUGGUUAGAGAAGUAGAACCAGAGUGACUGGGAAAAGACACAGUAGCUGCCAGGAGUAGGGAUAAUUUGAGGUGAGUCUGAGCAGCUCUUUUGAACUGUUUUCAAGCUCCAAGACUGGGUCAUCCCUAAAAGCUUAGGUAGAAAAACUAAGUCUCAAGUCUAAUAAAUGUUUAAAUCCAGCAUGGAGUAAUAGACAGAUGCUGCAGGCCAGUUCUAAUCCCAGCAACCCCAAUAUCCCUGCACAUGACCCACAGAAGCAAUGCUAACAUUCCCAUCUUAGAUGCUGGAUAUUAGAUUCUGAGAAUGGGAACAAGUGAAGUGGGAGUGAAGCUCCUGAGCACACACACAUCACAAAAAUCAUAGAAUUGCUCAGUUCUGCUGUGACUCUCUCAACUAUAAAAGGUUGUAACGACCUCCUUCCCCUUCACUCUAUAGCAUGACCUUCCCUGUUCAAUAUACCCGUCUUAGUUUCAUCUGGGAUGUAAUUUUUUCCUCAGAGUGUCUGGUAUGAUGCUAUGUUUUGGUUCUAGGAGAAAAACAAUACACCAAUGUUUAUAACUGCUGCUAAACAGUGCUGUACAGAACCACGGCCAUUCUCAGCAAAGGGCUCAAGGAGCUGAGAGGGAACAGAAUUAGGACAGCUGACUCAGACUGGCCAAAGAGAUAUUCUAUACCAUGUGACAUCAAGUGGAAGGUGCUUUGAAGGGAGCAGGAAUUCAUCUCGCUCUCUUCCACUGCUCAGAAGGCAUGACAGAGCACAGGGAGCCACCUAGAGUCAGCAUAUUCAUCUCGCAGCUUCUUCAAGUCUGUAAACAGGAACCACUAAGCAGAGAAGCCAGCCUUAAACUCAGCUUUUCUCAGAGCUAAACUUUACCCAGAAGUUUUCUCCAUCUACCCUGGGUCCCUUUCUAAAGAUACAUGAAUGAUUCAUCUGGAAUGCCUUUAUUAUAAUUAACAGAAAGAAACAGGCACUCUGAAAGGACAGUUCAUCAGACCUGCCUUGGGCAUCUCACAAGAGUGAGUCCAGAAGACUGCAGUAAAAAUGAUAUUCUAUAUACUGCUCUUUCUCAGCAUCAGCUCUCUGUGGUGGUACUGGAAGACAAGAGAUGGGGGGAAGGUUGCAAACCUCACUGGCAAAUACAUAUUCAUCACUGGAUGUGACACAGGAUUUGGAAAUAUGGCAGCAAAGAUUUUUGAUAAAAAGGGAUUCCGAGUUCUUGCCAGCUGCCUGACUGAAAAAGGAGCUAAGGAGCUACAAGCUGCAGCUUCCAAUCAGCUUCAGACUGUGCUGCUGGAUGUGAGAGAUUCAAACAGCAUUAAGAAAGCAGCAGCGUGGAUCAAAGCUGAAGUCCAGUCAGAAGGUCUCUGGGGACUUGUUAAUAAUGCUGGAAUUAUGGGGCCAACUGCUCCUACAGACUGGUUGGAUAUUGAGCAUUUCAGAGAGCCAAUUGAAGUUAAUUUAAUUGGGCUCAUAAAUGUGACAAUAAAUAUGCUUCCCUUGAUAAAACAAGCAAAGGGAAGAAUAGUAAAUGUAUCCAGUAUUGGAGGUCGAAUAGCUUUCUGUGGAGGAGGCUACUGCCCUUCAAAGUUUGGGGUAGAAGGAUUUAAUGACAGCUUAAGGAGAGACAUGAAAGCUUUUGGAGUUAAAGUUUCCUGCAUUCAACCUGGGCUGUUCAAAACACCGCUAACUGAUCUAACGAAGAUUCUGAAAGAGAAGGAGGUUAUUUGGAAUCAGCUUCCCCACGACACUAAAAAGCAAUAUGGAGAGGAGUAUUUUCAGAAAGAUGUGGCAAAGAAAGAAAAGCUCUCCAAGGCCUGUCUUAACACAGACAUUUCACUCGUUGUUGAGUGCAUGGAGCAUGCCCUAACAAGCGUCCAUCCAUGGGCCCAUUAUGUAGUUGGCCAGGAUGCUAAGUGGUUCUGGACUCCUCUUUCAAGAAUGCCAACAGAUGUGCAAGACUUCUUACUUCUGAGAAACAGAGAAAAGCCUGCGGUUUCCCAUAGAAAGUAAAUCUUUGACAAUAUAUUCCCCAUUGCAUACAGGGCUGAUUCCACAAGAUCUGUCCUUUAUAUUAACAUGGUACAAACCAUACCUGAAAUGUAUCCUCACAUCCUAUAAUUGUAAUAAGUACAGCUAUUUCUCCAAAAUUUGCUACAAAACAAAUAAAUAAGAAACAUCCUUG